AUGGCUGAUCCUCGUAUUAAGACAUUAAAGAUCAAAACUGGAGUAGUGAAAAGAUUAACAAAAGAGAAACUUAUGUAUAUACAAGAAACAGAUCAACAACAGGAAAAGGUUGAGAAAUUGAGAAAGGCUGGAAUUGACGAGAGUACUCUUAAGAAGCAAGAAGAAGUUCUAAGGGAGUCACAGAUGAUGAUACCAGAUACUCAGAGAAGAUUAAAAGCUGCAUUUGAAGAUUUGAAAAGUGUUGUAGCUGAUUGUGAAGAGCUAAAAGAAGAACCAGAUUAUUUGAACGCUCGAAAGUUUUUAGCUGAGGCUGAAAAAGAAAUGAAUUAA